AUGGCAACAGCAAAGAGCCUUGACAAGGCCACUCGACGUUGUCAUUGGGCCGCAAACCCUUGUCGUGCCCUUGUCCGCUUUCGGGGUCCUUUGCAUCGUCUGGGAUUCUGGGAUGCUGGUCCUUUUGCCUUUUGGGGAGGGGGGGAAGAAGACUGGAGAGGGGGCUCCAAGGGGGGAAACAGACUUUUGCCGGCACGUCGAAUUCGAUCUUGA